GCCUCGCUGAUGGUUCCGAUGAAACGUGAUGUCGUCGUGUUGCACUGCUCCCAAGGCAUCGCCGGACGCCCGAAAGCAACUAUAAAAACCCGACCGAGCCUGGUGCCUAUUCGCGUCUCAGUGCACCGUUCUCAUUACCACACUUGCUUUCCUUCAUCAACCCAUCUCCCUGUAUCGUUGUCAAAAUGUUCUUCUCUUCAAAGGUCUUCUUCAUUCACAACAUUCUCCUCGUCAUCUUGGCGUCCCUUGUUACGUUCGGCUUGGCAAAAUCUUCCGGUACCGGGGAAGCUACUUUCUUCGAACCUGGACCUGGUGCAUGCGGACAUAUCAACAAUGCACAAGAUUUCAUUGUUGCGGUGUCGGCGAAAGUAUUCGAUACUUUUCCGGGUGCCACCGCCAAUACGAAUGACAAUCCUGUCUGUAGCAAGGAACUAACAGCGACCUUCAAGGGGAAAUCGGUCAAAGUUACGGUUGUUGAUCGAUGCGCUGGAUGCGCAGAGAACGAUAUUGACCUUUCCCCUGCUGCUUUCGAUAAGCUCUCCCCGCCCUCUGCCGGAAGGCUCACCGGUGUCUCAUGGACUAUCUCAUGAACGGAGAGGAAUCGCCUGCCAAGACGUGACGCAGCACUGCAGUGUAAAGCGAUGCACUGGGCGUGAUUGUUCAACAUCUUGCUCUAGCUUGUAUUCUGUAAUGAAAUUGACUUUGUUAUGGGAGCACGACCAUCUGAGGAAAUGCCAUGAAUGUCAGAAACAGAUGAUGGUAAAUGUACUGCAGCAGUGCAUCUGAUCCGCGUCGCGAAGUUCAACAUCCACUCAUUCACAUAAAUUCAUCAAACAAUU